CAAGAAACUACACCUGAAACUGGCUGUCGAACUGAAGCUCGUUAGUACAUCAACAUCGAUACUUUUCUAAGGAGCAUAAUUUCAAGUAGACUCAUUAAAGACCAUUCUUCUGAAAAACUAACACAAGCGCAUAGUAUUAAAGAACUUUUUUCCACAUUUAAGUACAUUGUACAUACCGAAUAAACACGACAUACGAAACUAGAUAUCAAGAACGUUUUGCCAUUUACUUAAUCGGGUCAUUUAUCUGUACAGCUCCUAGAAAAAUAUAUAACACAGACAAGAAUUGCGUGACAUCAAUAAUUUUCUUAAUUUCAACGACAUUUUUCCUCAGCAUAGUUCAACAAAAUGCGACAUUUUUUCUCCUCCCAGCUGAGCAAGAUCUUGCUCGUGGCCACCACAUUUCAGCCCUUCCAUGUCGCCUUCGCCACCGACCGUUCGUGCGGCUGCGUGGACAUUCCCACCGUCCAAGAUGCCAUUUACCCGGACCGCUGGCUGAGCGAGAAGCUCGAGCUUUUGCAGAAGCAUCAGUAUGACGAACAAAACCCAAUCCAAGUCGGGCUCUUCGCGAAAGGCAAAGGACAAGGAGCGCAAGGCGACGAAGCGACGAAAAUCCAUAAUGACUUAAUCCGGAAAGAUGCCGAAAAGAGUAACGAAACGAGCACCAAGUGGAGCGACAGAUUCACGCUAGCUCUGAACAUCAAUCUUCUCUCCGACCCGUUUCAAGAACAACCUGACGCCAGUUUUUCUGGUAGUGGAACAGAGGUCUUCCCCUGGAGAUCGGAAUUCAUGUUCCUCGAAGACGUCACGGAGAUGUACCAAAGGUUGUACAGGCGCCCGGUCGUGAUAUCACAGGAGGAGCCACUGGGCGGGUUCGAAGACGAGGAGAAUAACGCUGUUUAUAAUUCAAGUGGUCCUCCUUCUUUCAUCGCACCUGGGACUCUUACCCCGCUUCAGACGUUCGACCCUGAACCGUUCGACAAGCAGCUGGAAAGCGACGCCGAGGCUCUUCUGACCCGGCUGGACCGGAGUAAAGCUAUCUAUAUCAAGUGCAAAAAUGUCU